AUGUCGGACCUUCGCGGUUGGAUCUCCGACAACCUCCUCAAACUUUCCGGCGCCGCUGACUCCACUAUCAUCGACUUCGUCCUCGCCACUGCUUCGUCUUCCAAGUCUUCGAACGCCCUUGCCGACAAACUAUCAAGCUUUAUCGAUGGCGAUACAUCAUCGACGCGCGAUUUCGCGGAGGAACUGUACCGAAGGUCAGGGAAGAAGGGUAAUGGUGCUCUAGUGGCUAGUAAUGGAGCUUCGGCGCCUGUAAAGAAGGUGGAAAAGAAGAAGUACGGGUUCGUGACGAUGGAAGAUGAUGAUGAACCGAUGAGUAUGCCGCCGCCUCCGGCGCCGAGGGAGAGGGGAGACAGGAGUCGGGAUAAAGAUAGGAAGAAGAGGGAUGGCGAUGAGAAGCAGAGUGGGAGAGAUAAAGAACGGGAGCGGGAACGGGAACGGGAUCGCGACAGGGAAAGGGGGCAGGAUAGGGAUAAGGGCAAGGACAAAGAUAGGAGGACACGGAAAUCCCGACGGAGGGAUGAAGAUGAGGAUUUGUGGGGGGAUGUGGAGGUGGAUCCUGAGGAUUAUCCUGAGGAAGAGUACGAAAUGCCUCCAUCGAAACGGCCACGGAUAGAAGACGGCGACGAAGGCGAGCCCGGAAUACAAGAAGAGGAACUGAAUGAAGAAGAAAAGGCAGAGCUUAAACGACUCCAGGACUUAGAAGAGCGCGACGAAUUUGCGGAACGAUUGAAGAAGAAAGAUAAGGACAGGACGAACAAACUAGUUGAGGAUCGGUCUUCGACAAAAGAGGGCAGGGAAACUGCGGAAAGGCGGCGUCUAGCAGACGAUCCUGCUGCGAGGCAAGCUGCUGUCAGUGAUCUACGAUUACGGUCACGACAGAGCUAUCUCCAAAAACGUGAGAUCGAGCAAGUUGCUCUCUUGCGGAAGCGGGUCGCUGAAGAGCAGCAAGAGCUACGUGAAAACCCCAGCCUAUCGCAGAGAGAAAAGGCCGAGUUCGAGAAGAAUAGGAAGCUUUUGGAAGCCCAUGAGGCUCGAGCACGCAUAGACGACCACCGUGAUGGGUACGCACUACCCGAAGACUACAUCACGGAGAAAGGCAAAAUCGAUAGAAAGCGUAAAGAAGAGGCUCUCUAUAAACGUUACGUGGAUCGGGACGAGACCGGGCAUGAACGAUUCGUUACGGAGCAUGAGGAAUGGGAGCGCGAGCAGACAGCGAAGGCCAAAGCACAAGUCAAUCGGAGUGAGCGAGAAGACGAUGGAAAUUACGAAUAUGUUUUCGACGAUACCCAAAAGAUCAAUUUCCUCAUGGAGAAUACCCAGGCUGGCACUCCUGCCUCGAAAGAGCAGCGGUUCAUCGAAGAGCAGCUUAAAGCAGCUGAGAAGAAGGCGCUUAGUAUGGAAGAAACGAGAAAGUCGUUACCGAUCUAUGCCUUUAGGGAUGACCUGUUAGCUGCGCUUGAGCAAUACCAGGUGCUCAUCAUUGUGGGAGAGACCGGCUCUGGAAAGACCACACAGAUCCCACAGUAUCUCCACGAAGCUGGGUAUACAAAAAAUGGCCAAAAGGUUGGGUGUACCCAACCCCGUCGUGUCGCUGCCAUGUCCGUCGCUGCUCGUGUAGCAGACGAGAUGGGAGUCAAGGUUGGCAAGGAAGUUGGCUACUCGAUUCGUUUCGAAGAUCAGACCAGUGAUAAGACAGUCUUGAAGUACAUGACUGAUGGCAUGUUGCUCCGAGAAUUCCUGACGGAACCUGAUCUGGGUGGUUACUCAGCUUUGAUGAUCGACGAGGCCCACGAACGUACUCUCCACACCGAUAUCCUGUUUGGCCUAGUAAAGGACAUUGCCAGAUUUCGCCCGGAGCUGAAACUACUGAUUUCCAGUGCUACUAUGGAUGCUCAGAAGUUUGCGGCAUAUUUUGAUGAUGCACCGAUCUUUAACAUCCCAGGAAGAAGAUACCCUGUUGACAUUCACUACACAUCUCAGCCAGAAGCCAAUUACCUUCACGCAGCAAUCACCACUAUCUUCCAGAUUCACAUUUCUGCGCCUAAAGGUGACAUCCUUGUAUUCUUAACUGGUCAGGAUGAAAUCGAAGCAGCUCAACAGAACCUCGAAGAAACGGCCCGAAAAUUGGGUAGCAAAAUUAGAGAGUUGAUAGUGGCGCCCAUCUACGCUAAUCUCCCCUCCGAACUCCAAUCCAAGAUCUUCGAACCAACCCCAGAGAAUGCCCGGAAAGUCGUAUUAGCCACUAAUAUCGCCGAAACCUCGAUUACAAUCGACGGUAUAGUCUAUGUCAUAGAUCCGGGCUUCGUUAAAGAAAAUGUUUACAACCCUAAAAGCGGCAUGGAGUCGCUUGUUGUUACACCUUGCUCCCGUGCCUCCGCAAACCAACGAAGCGGUCGUGCGGGUCGUGUCGGACCGGGCAAAUGUUUUAGAUUGUAUACCAAGUGGGCGUAUUACAAUGAGUUGGAGGAGAAUACGACACCAGAGAUCCAGCGGACGAACCUCAACAGCGUUGUGUUAUUGCUGAAAAGUUUGGGGAUCAACGAUUUGAUUGGGUUCGAUUUUAUGGAUCCACCGCCUGCGGAGACGCUUAUUCGUGCACUAGAACAGCUAUAUGCUCUAGGUGCAUUAAACGACAAAGGAGAGCUCACGAAAGUUGGUCGACAGAUGGCAGAAUUCCCGACUGACCCGAUGCUUGCCAAGGCAAUCCUAGCGGCGGACAAGUAUGGCUGCGUUGAAGAAGUCCUAUCAGUUAUCUCCAUGCUGGGUGAAGCAUCCGCUCUCUUCUAUCGACCGAAGGACAAGAAGCUAUAUGCGGAUCAAGCAAGGAACCGGUUCACAAACAAACAAGGAGGCGACCACCUAACUCUCCUGAACAUUUGGAACCAAUGGGUUGAUACCGAUUUUUCAUACGUCUGGGCCCGUGAGAAUUACCUUCAACACCGCUCACUUACCCGUGCGCGCGAUGUUCGAGACCAACUUUCCAGGCUGUGCGAUCGAGUUGAAGUUACGCUUUCGUCAUGCGGGAGCUCCGAUGUUGUACCCAUUCAAAAGGCUAUAACCGCUGGGUUCUUCCCUAAUGCCUCGCGGCUACAGCGCGGCGGAGACAGUUACCGGACGGUGAAGAAUGCACAAACGGUGUAUAUUCAUCCCAGUUCGACGUUAUUUGAGGUCAAUCCCAAGUGGGUUAUCUAUUAUGAAUUGGUGUUGACGAGUAAGGAAUUUAUGAGGAACGUGCUGCCUUUGCAGCCGGAGUGGUUGGUCGAGGUCGCACCGCACUAUCAUAAGAAAAAGGAUUUGGACACUUUAGGUAUUGAUAAGAAGAUGCCGAAACAGCAGGCACAGCAACAGCAGCAGCAGAAAGCAUAG